UUGAGCUAGUGUUUGGCGCGCAGAAUUUGAAGCUAAGCUUUGUGUAACCAAAAUGGGACUUACUCGGGCUAAAGACGGCAAUCCGUCUACCCGCUUUUAUGAAAAUCCAGAAAUUAUUGCUACUUUUGACCCAGUGAGAAUCUGGUUGACAAGAAAUCACAAAAAGUAUACACAAACUGAGCCUCCUACGAAUAAGAGUCUAGCUACUCUGUGUUUUCAAUUGCUGCAGUUUCAGGAAACCAAUUUCACAAGUACUCCGAGGACUUUUAUGAAAAUACCUUUUAAAUGCUUCAUGGAUUUCAAACCUGGUGGUGGUUUAUGCCACAUAUUCCUAACGUGUCUAAAGUUCCGUCACGAGAAUAAUUGGAAAAAAAUAGACCUUACUUCAUCAUCCAGAACCGAUAAACAUCUGGAAAUGUUCUCAGUUAUCGAACGUGAACUACUAACCUACAAGUGCAUGGAGAAACCAGUUGUUUACAUUUCCCCGUUGGUUGAAAAGACCUUAAAUUCAAAACUAAGGGAAUCUGCAAAACGAUUAAAUAUCUCUGUUGUCGAGUCACCUUCUGAGGCUACACAUAUUCUACAUCAACCUCCCCUGAAUUGGCCUGGCGAUAGUCGAGAUGACUUUCUGGUUCAACGUUUCCGAGUUUUGUUCCAUGAAGGUCGAGGAGUACUUUUGCACUGGUUAUACUCACCCGCUUCAUAUACUACAUGGUAUACAGGUCUGCAAUCUGAAUGGACCAGUGAUACUGAAACCUCACAUCUCGAAAAUGAAAAUCAAUGGGAUGUAGAUGCUCGUUGGCUUCUGUAUUCAGACGAAAUGUAUGAAUGGAUGGUUGAAGAAGAUUUUUUAGUGCCAACGUCUUCUGUGAAACCAAGACCAACAUACUCACCUGAAGAAUUCAUGACUACAAAUACAUCGACGACAGCUGUUACUAACAAUUCUUCUGCACAUUAUACUGGCUCAUUUACACCAACUUCUCAUACAGAUAGUGGAAGUAAGAAGAAACGUCGUAGAUCGCCUUCUCCGUCAGCAUUUGACUCAACUAUGCCAAAUGUUAGCGGUAAGAAAAGACGCCCUGGUUCAUCAUUUACUGGUUCACAUGAACGUUCAAGUCGUGGGCCAAGUAGUCAUGGGGGAUCUCGUAAAAUUCGAAAAGAGGAUGAAGACGAAUCAUUUUCAUGUCAAACUGGUUCACAAGAUCCUAACAAAGAGGAUACAAAUGAUACAGACAUCACUAAAGAUUUUGAUGAUCCUGAACCACCAAAUAAAAUUACACAAAUUACAUCAUCAAAUGGUUCCACAACAUCAGGAUUCAAUGUAUCACGACCAACACGUACUAAUAAUAGUAUUAAUGCAUCACAUGGUGGGGGAGGUGAACUAGGUAUUGGUAAAUCAUUGUUUGAUCUAGAUGAAGAUAAUGAAACAACCGGUGAUGCUAUGGAUGGAGGUCUCAAUGAAUAUCACACUAGUGGCGGUUUAAGUGGAGUUGGUGAAAUGAGUUCUGUCAAUUGUGCUCAAAAUGGUGAUGAAAGUCGACAAAGUGUUAUUCAUACUGAUUUAAGUGUAACAGAACAAGCUCAUUGUAUAGUGAUACCAUCUUAUUCAGCUUGGUUUGAUUAUAAUGCUAUACAUGGAAUUGAACGUCGUGCAUUACCAGAAUUUUUCAAUGGUCAAAAUAAAAGUAAAACACCGGAAGUUUAUUUGGCUUAUCGUAAUUUUAUGGUUGAUACAUAUCGUUUAAAUCCUCAGGAAUAUCUUACAUUUACAGCUUGUCGAAGAAAUCUCACUGGUGAUGUUUGUUCAAUUCUUAGAGUUCAUGCAUUUUUAGAACAAUGGGGUUUAAUUAAUUAUCAAGUUACUGCACCCUUAACAACAAUAACAAAUUCAUCAUCAUCAAAUGGAAUCAAUAAUUUAAAUGGUACUUCUAGUACUACUAUUGGUGCUACUACCACUACUACUAAUACUGCUGGUAAUAAUUCAUCAGAAGCUGCUCGUCUUGCGGUAGCUGCUAGUUUAGGACCACCAAGUACUGCACAUUUUCAUAUAUUAGCUGAUAGUGCUAGUGGUCUACAACCUAUUGGUACACAAAAUUUAGCUGGAACAAAUUCAAUAAUUCCACCUAUUACUACUACUAAUAAUAGUAGUAGUACUAUUGAUAAUGGUAGUAAUAUUACUGCUACUACUACGACGACGACUUCAACUGACGGAAAUCAAUUAGAUCCGUAUAAAAUGCAAUCUAAUACUAAUAAUGACGGUAAUAGUAAUGAUACUACUACCUCAUUAACCAGUAAUAAUAUACCUAAACAAGAAUUGCAAGGAACCGAAUGUGCGAACGCAACAACGACGUUAAAUCCUACAAUUCCUGCUUCUGUAACAACUGUCAGUUCUGGAAUAUGUAUUACUAAUAGUACACAACCUUUAAAUAAACAACCAAUUAUCGGUGAUCCAAAUUUACGUACAGAUCAAUAUCUCACUAAUGCAAGCAUUGCGAAAACUACUUGUUUAAAUUCUAUGGAUAGUCGUAGCCAACCUUCUACAACUAAUUUAGAUGCAACAUCACAGUCGGUAAUUGUUAAUAACAAACUUAUGAAAGGUGCUACACAAAGUGGUUGGAGUGAUCAAGAAACUCUAUUGUUAUUAGAAGCUUUAGAACUUUAUCGGGAUGAUUGGAAUAAGGUUGCUGAACAUGUAGGAAGUCGUACACAAGAAGAAUGUAUUCUUCAUUUUCUACGUCUACCUAUUGAAGAUGCUUAUUUAGAAGGUUCAGAUCCUAUAUUAAAUUUAACAUCAUUAGCAAAUUCCAAUCAUCCUACAUUGCCUUUUUCAAAAGCUGCUAAUCCUAUCCUAUCAACUGUAGCAUUUUUAGCCGCUGCUGUUGAUCCACGUGUAGCAUCAGCGGCAGCUCAAGCAGCACUUAUAGAAUAUGCUAAAAUGCGUGAUGAAGUACCAGCUGGUCUAUUACGUGAACAUAAAGCACGUGUUGAAAAUGCAGUAAAAUUAGGUCAUCAAAUUGAUCCACAAAAAUUUGGUUUAGAUGAAGUUGGUGGUAAUAAUCAAUUAAUGGAAUCAGAAAAAUUAUGUAAAUCAUCUACACAAUCAAUUACAACAGAGAAAUUAUCAGUAGUUAGUAAUGAAGAAAUGUCAAUUGAUAAUGAUAUAAUAAAAGAAACAACUAAUCAUAAAGAAACUGUUCCAAUGGACACAACAAUAACAGCUGUUCCCAUUGACGACACCACAAAUGAAAGUAAAGUCACUGAAAAUCGUGAUAAACACGGUGACGAUGAUGAUAAUAUUAAUAACAAUGAAGUAACAACAAAGUUGGAAAAAUAUAAAAUGGAGGAAAAUGUAGAAAGUGACAGCAGUAAAACUGAGCAGGUGACAAUUGACGAACAACAACAGGAUUCAACUGAUGUGAAUCAGACACCGUCUACAGUAAUGGAUGUGACUCCUGUCGCUACUGCUGAAGUUGUUGGCAGUGACAGAAUUCAAACAAAAUCAUCUGAUGAACAAUUAAAGGAUACAGUUGAACAAGAAAAACUCACUAAGUCUGUUAUAGAUUCUCCUACUACACAACAAAUGGAAAAAUCAACUAAUGAACAAGUAUCUAAUGAAAAAUUAGUCACUAACACCUCAUCAUUAUCGUCUUCAUCUUCAUUACCACCAAAUCCGAAUAGUUUAGGCACAGCUGCAGCAUGUGCAUUAGCUGCUGCAGCUAUUAAAGCACGUCAUUUAGCCAGUGUUGAAGAAAAACGUAUAAAAGGUUUAGUCGCUCAAUUAGUUGAAACCCAGUUGAAAAAACUCGAUAUAAAACUUAAACAAAUUCAGGAAUUAGAAAGUAUCAUGGAACGUGAAUAUGAAAUGAUUGAGCAAAUGCGUCAACAAUUAUUACAAGAACGUCAAGCAUUUCAUAUGGAAGUGAUUAAAACAAUGGAGAAUCGUGCCAGAGCUUUAAUGCAUCAUCAUCAUCAACAACAACAGCAACAAAGUAGUAACGUCGUUUUGCCCCAACAACAACAACUACAGCAGCCACAAAAUCCUUUACAACCUCCCUAUUCUGGUACUCAAGGUUCUUGUUCAGUAGUAAUGAAUCCAGUCCUACACUCUAAUCCUUCAAUGCAACCAGGACCUCAUGUUAUUCAACCAACUAGUAGUAAUUAUCCAGCACAAACUGCACCAAUUUCUAAUGAUCCAAGAUCGGUUUUAAAUUCUACCUCUACAAAUCUAACAGUUUAUCCAUCAUCAAAUUAUGGGACAAUCACAACAACAACUCCGUCUGCUUUGCCUUCUCCAAAUCAACAACUAUCAUCUGGUGGACAUAUUUCUCCGACACCUACUCAACUUAUUCAACAUCAUCCACGUGAUGAGUGUCAAGCACAACCACCGAUGACGACGACGACCACGGUGACAACAACACAGCCAGCCUCUAAUACACUACCGCAAAUAGAAACAACUUGCGAUUCUUGGUCAGAAUCUGUCUAUCCUAUUACAUCGGAACCACACACUGUUCGUCAAAUUAUUGAACCAUCGAAUGAUACGCCUGUACCUAAUAUCACCGUAACAGUUGCACAAAAUGUUGUAACUCAUUCAGAUCCUUCUUUGGCGGUUGUUACUACAAGCUCUAAAAUUACCCAACCUAUUGAUUCAGUCAGUGAAGAUGUGGUAUUUUUUGAAUCAUCCAAACAUCAUGCACCACCUUCUACUGAAGUUAAUGCAUGUACUGUUGCAAGCUUACUAUCAGAUGAUAAUAAUGUUCCUGUUCCAUCUGUUUCUAGCCCAUCAAUUACUGAUACUAAUCCUCCUGAAUUGUCUACUUCGAACGAAGAGAAUAUUGUUCAAGGAGAAUAGUUGAUUCUGCUUUGUUAUUAAUAUUAAAUCAAAUUACUCUUACCAUUGUUAUCCCUGUUAUUACUAUUACUAUUAAUGGUAGUAGUAGUAGUAGUAGUGGUAGUAUUAACCUUACCAUAUUUCAAACUCUCAGUGAAUAUUCAUUUGUUAAAUUAUUCCAUCCUAAUUACUAUAUGUUAUCUUUACUCAUCAUCCCAUUAUUAAAUGUACCCUAUUAACCGGAGCAUUUAAUGUUAAAACAUUGUUAUAUUGUUUCUUUUUAUGUAAUACAUUGUGUGAUGAAUGUUUUUUUGGGGGGGCGGGAUGAUUGCAGUUCGAAUAGGAAAUCCAUUUUUUUUUAUCCCUUAUUCUUUUUUUAUGUACGCUUUGUAUAUUUAUUAUUAGCUAGCAGAUAUUGGUAUGAGAGGUUUGUAGAGAUUGUUAUGUUUUCUAUAGUUCACACUAUGGAUUGAUCUUAUUUAAACAAACUUUGAAAACUAAAAAGCACUGAGACAUUUGUUUCGUCCUCGUGUGGGAUUCUUCAGAAGUGUAUGUUCAGGAUCUGAACGCCUCGAAUUCGACCUCUGAUGAGGUAGCAUACGAAGAUGAAACAACUAUCCAUUGCUUCUUGGAUCCCAGUGAUUGCCUAAUUUAUGUCAGUCUGUAACGUGAAUGAGAUUAUGGGUUACGCUAUUUAUGCUGACAGAUACAAAUUGUAUGUAGCAACAAUCUGAGGUAGAAUGCCUGUCAGCAUAGGAUCGAAUUGAAGCGAACAAGGUGGAAAACAAAGAACAUUUGGAAUAAUGACAGGAUUAAAAGAAUCACGAAGUAUGUAUAACUUUCAUAUUUUACAAAGGCAUUGGGUAAUUCUGCAAGAAAUCUGUAAAGCGGUUUACCGUACCUUAGUUUUCGUUCGUUACAAUAUAACGGCAGAAUGCAAAUGUUCUCAUUUACCACGAUAUACUACUACAAUGUGAUAAUACGGCUUGGCACGAAAUUAUAUCACCAUGAAACUGGUUACUAAAUUGGUACGCUACACAUGUUUUACCAAAUAUCAAAAAUUAGACUAUAUGCCAUACAAGAUUUCAUUUAACAUAAUUACAAGCAGGCUACACUUAGUAAAGUCCUAAAUCGAAGUCAAUAAUAGAAAGGAAUUUAUACACUAAUCAGUUACCUGAGUGUCUAUCUAUCCACACUCACUGGUCAAUCGUAUCUUACCCUCAUUGGCCACACAGAAAAUUAAUGCUUAAUAGUGAUGUAGAUGUAAUUGAUUUACUGUAUGUUUAUGUAUUAUGACCUAACUGAUAAAUAUUAGUAGAACGACUGUCAACAAAAUCACUGGGACCGAUGAAAACAUGCUUAUUAAUUGAUGUCCUACUCUGAUCUGACUUAUGUAUGGGCUACCUUAUAAUAUACUUGUAUUCCAAUUUGAAUAACACAUUAAAGUAGAUGAUCGCGGAAUACGCUCUAACCUCAUCAAUUGUUGUAUGUGUAAAAAAAUUCUAAACUCGAUAGUUCCGUCACAAACAACCACGUAUCGACUUCCAUGUAUUUGCAGCAUUUAGUUACCAUAUCUAAACUACAUUCUUAUACCUGUGAGUAACCAUUUGCUCCAGUUUCACAACUUUUGUUAUCACUUCAAGGCACUAACAGGAUUUCAGUUUAUCAGAUACAAUAAAUCAAGAUGUGUAAACCAUUGAUUGUGUAAUAGAGUAAAUAAAUGUUUUGAAUAGAGUACUUAAGAUAAAUUUGUAUUACUUAUUAAAUUCUGACAAUAUUUUCCCCUUAAACAAGACUUAAAUCACAUCUACAGAAUAUAUAGUUAGGAUUUUACACAUGAAGUUAAUCUAGAGAGCUUUGAAGCAUUGAUAUCUUUCCUAUGAACUAGAAUGAAAUACCCUCAUAGUAAUAAUGUAGUGAACAGAACACUGGUGGGGACAAGCGUACGUCCCACCGCUCCUCUCCGUCGACAGCACUCGCUACAGCCGACGCCGUUCCGCCAGAAUACUCCACUCGAGGCCACCUCUCCGCACCAGACUGCCACAACCAACACCUCAGCUCCAGACCGCAACGGCGUCCGCAGAACAGCACCCCCCUCCUUCUGGUUGACAGCGACACCAAAUGUAGUGGAGGAGAACACAGGUGAGGACAACCGGAUUGCAUUUAGUACACAGUUACAGAGUUAUUUGGUAAAAUAGAAAACCCAAAUAGUAAAUCGUUAAUUUGCAAAAUAUCAUUCCAUCAUAUCAAACCGGACUGUUCUUGUUGCAAACAUCAAUCAAUUGUCUCACAUUUCAUUGUUCAUGCGUUUUCUUACAAAUUGCAUUGUGUUUUCGCUCUUCCUUUCUUGAUCUUUCCCCAUCUUCUGCUGCCAGACAUUGCGUCUUUAACUCGCGUCCUAUACUACUUACAUCGAUAUAAGUAGCACGCACCACAAUAUGAGUAAUCACAUGUACAAAAUCUUGAAUACAUCAUAUCAGUCAGCCAGUUACAACGUAGAACCAGGCAUAUAUAUGUGCAUCGGUCCAGGCUGCCGCACCUUAUUAGCACAGCAAGACGAACACUGGACUCACAGAAGCAGUUAACUCAAUGGUAUAAUAUAUAAAGGAAAGAUUUUAUGUAAGGAUAUAGUACAGAAAAGAAGAUAUAAAGCGAUUUUAAUCUCAUGGUUUAAAGGAAGACAAAUAGUGUAUACACCUACGCCAUUGUAAUCGAUUCUGAGCAAUGUCACCCAGUCUCCAACCACUGGUUAUGAUAGUCGCGCGCAUCCCAACCAAGUAGUCUACA